UGUAUUUCACUGAUAACAUCGAGAGCUACAGUUUAGACGCUGCCCAAACCGCACGACACCUGCACUUUCCCUCGCAGUCUCUGCUCUGACACAAUGGAAACUCUGAAUGCGAGGAAUAUACACAGGUAUUAAUAUGAAGCAGGAAAUGGCAGCGGUCAGUGUGAGCGAGAAACUGCUUUUCAAAAAAAAUCCAGCCAGAAUUUAUUUGACAUUUAACUUUUGUAGGUGCCAUCGCUUCUCUCAAAUUACAUUUGAUCAGUCACCAUGCUGCACAUUUGUAUCGCGGUCAUGCUGUGUUUGAAAGUUUAUCUAGGAGACAGCGCCAUGUUGCACCAAACACCGGCUCACCAGUUUGCUGCGGCUGGAGACACCGUGGAGACUUUCUGUUCCUCAAGCGAGUGCUCCAUAGACUUGGAUCUGCUGCGCUGGUUCGUGAAGAAGGACAGCGAAAUGAUCGCUCUGAACACCAGCUGCAAGGCAGGUCCUGGGUGCAGGGUCACUACGAGUCGAGCGAGCAAUGGGGACUGCGCGCUGACUAUCCGGGACGUGCAGCCCGUCGACUCCGGGGUGUAUUACUGUGCUGAAUACAGUUCUUACACCAUGACCAUCUCCAACGGAUCCUUACUGAUCGUCAAAGACAAUUCCACACAAAAUACUACAGUAACGGUCCUGGCCCCCGCUGUCUCCGGCAGCGCGCUCGAUUCCAAGGGGACGGUGACAUUAGUGUGUCUGGUCCGGGGUCUCUCCUCGCCCGCACUCUGGGUCCAGUGGUUCAUCUCUGGUAACCUCACAAAGUCAGGCGCUCCAAGCUCCUGGACCGAAGGGAAGAAGGGUGGAAACGGAGAGAGCCACAGCGCCACAAGCAGGCUGACAAUCCCGGUGGAGACGUGGCGGAGCGGGGCGGUGUGCGCAUGUGGAGCGCAACUGAACUCGAACACCGUCAUCCUCAGCAGGAAUAUCUCAUACACAGGUGGACUGGAACCGAAAUAUGGUAGGUUUUCCAGUAAGGAUUGAUAAAUGCACGCUGACGUGGAGCAAUACUUUGUCAAUAGCACCAGUAAUGUGCAAUAUUGAAUACUGGAACAUUUAAAAUAAUAUA